GGCACUCCUCAAACAUUUUAGAUACAUAGAUAACGACGAAAGAGUCGCCCUCAAAGGAAGAGUCGCGCUGCAAAUGGGUAGUAACGAGCUACUGAUAACAGAAUUGAUUCUCAAAAAUGUGUUAACUGUCUUACAACCGGCAGAAAUAGCAGCUUUGCUAUCAGCAUUGAUCUUCCAGCAACGCACGGAAUACCAGCCUCAACUCACGCCAAAUCUUACUAACGCUUGCAAGAUAAUGAGCGACGUGCAUGCGGAAUUGGAACAGAGAUCGGAAGA